AUGGAAGAACACAACGGCUCUGCAGAGGGUCCCCUGCCAAGCCAAGGGCGGCACAGUGCCAUUAAGUGUGGGUGGCUGCGGAAGCAAGGGGGCUUCGUCAAGACCUGGCACACACGCUGGUUUGUUCUCAAGGGUGACCAGCUUUACUAUUUCAAAGAUGAAGACGAAACCAAGCCCUUGGGUACCAUCUUUCUGCCUGGCAACAGAGUAAUUGAGCAUCCUUGCAAUGAAGAAAGUCCAGGAAAGUUCCUUUUUGAAGUUGUUCCAGGAGGAGACCGAGAGCGGAUGACAGCUAAUCAUGAAACGUACCUUCUUAUGGCGAGCACGCAGAAUGACAUGGAGGAUUGGGUGAAAUCCAUUCGCAGGGUUAUAUGGGCGCCAUUUGGAGGAGGUAUUUUUGGCCAGAAGCUGGAAGAUACUGUCCGAUACGAAAAGCGCUAUGGGAACCGCCUGGCUCCUAUGCUGGUGGAACAGUGCGUGGAUUUUAUCCGACAGCGGGGGCUAAAGGAAGAAGGCCUUUUUCGACUGCCUGGGCAAGCUAAUCUUGUCAAGGAGUUACAGGAUGCAUUUGACUGUGGAGAGAAGCCUUCUUUUGACAGCAAUACAGAUGUGCAUACAGUGGCAUCACUGCUUAAGCUGUACCUGAGGGAACUCCCAGAGCCAGUCAUACCAUACGCAAAAUACGAAGAUUUCCUUUCCUGUGCCAAAAUGCUUAGCAAGGAGGAAGAAACG